CAUUUCAAGAGACUCGCUGCUGCAGCUACUGGUGUGUGUGCUCUGUGUUUUGGACUUUGCAGCUGAGGAAAGGAGGAACUUUCUUGUCCUUGCGCUGCCCAGGAAGUCGUGGACGCUGGGGAUCAGCAGAGGAUUAGGAUCUGCAGAAAAGGAUUACUAGGGGCGCGAGGGCAGUAAUGGGACCCCCAGUGCUUCCAGACAUUGCUCACUAUACCUGGAGCUCAGCUGAGAGGCUUCCCAGUGGCUGGGGAAGGAGACACAAUUUCCAAUGAGCGUCAGGUGUUUGCACACCCUGCUCCCUGGAUAUGGACUACCGCCCCCUUCCUGACUUCCACCCCCACCUCAAAGCGUUCCUGUACCAAGGAGAGAGUGGCGAGAUGUGGAUUCCCGGCUCACCUGAGGCCCAGGCUCUGAGCGAGGGCCUGAAGGACAGGCCAUUCCCCAGACACCACAUUGCCGUGUGCAAGCAGGAGUCCCUGACCUUCAUUGAGCUACCCGACCUUUCUAGCGAUAACGGACUGCAUGCCCCAACCCUGGAGAGCCAGGGGCCUUGUUUUGGCACAGCCAUCAGCCACUCAGACUCAAGUGGAUGGCCUAGCACUGUGUGUUCAACAGAUAGCUGGAGUUACAGAGGACUGAGGCUCAAUGUGGACCACAACGUGGGACCUGAGGAUGUACCCAUCAUGGAGCCCAGCUGGGUGGACUUACACAGUGUGAGGGACUUGGAGAGGAAUUCAGUCCCUCCUACUAGGACCCCUCCUUCUCCUCUAAGUGACUGGGAGUCCUGCAAUGCUUCUUUUCCCGCCGUUGACAUCAGGUCCAGUCUGGAACUGUGUGCCCUGCAGCGGAGAACCUCACAGGGUUCCGAUCGGGAGAAGUCAGUCCGCAGGAAGAUGAGAGUGUACUCCCCGGAGAGUCUCAGCGACGAGUCUUUGAGCAGCCCGAGUCUGGAGUGUGAGUAUCUCUUUCCUGGGAGCAUCUUCGAAGAGGAGCUGAACACAGACAAAGCCUUCCCCCAGGACACAGUCCUGCCGGAAGGUGGGACAGAGACUAAACCCCCCGCAGACAAGCAGGACACAGUCCUGCCGGGACAAACUCUCCAAGAUAAAUCCUCAUCAGAUGCGGCCUACACGACAGGCUUUUCUGAAGGUGUUUUGACUGCAGAAACAGCCAAUCAGAGCUCUCGAAGCAGUGAGCAGGAACGCAGGAGGUUCUCUGCCUCGGAACUGAUUAGCCGGUUGCAGCUCUCUCAGAGAAAGAGCUCCUUCUCCCUCAAACUGGGCAAAUCGCUCUCCGCCAGGGUCACGCCAAAGGACAAAGGGGGCCCGCGCAGCCUCAGUCCUGAAGGCAAGCAGAAUGCCAGGGAUCAGAGCUCAGCGAGUUCCAUUGACAGUGCUCCUCACAGCCCCCUUGGACCAGGACCUCCACUCCCUGGUGACUGUACCAUGCAGGUGCACAAGGGGACCUCAAGACAUAGGAAGAAUUCCAUAGAAGAGAAUACCUACACGCCAACUUUCCCUAGCUACAUAAACAGGCUUUCAAAAUUUAUGCCAAAAUCGAUCCUGUACCAGGAAUACAGCGACGUUGCUAUAAACCGGGAGAUUCAGAGGCAGCAGUGGGCAGAUGCCAUCAACGAGGAGGAUGAGGACGGGGUGGCCCAGCCCAGCUGCAACGUCUCGCCAAACAACUCCUUCCGCUCGCCACGCUCCUCGCGAGGCUCCGCCUUCUCUCUGUGGCAGGAUAUCCCUGACGUGCGCUCCAGCGGCAUGCUUGCCACUUUCAGCAACGAAGAACGCAAGCUGCAGGAGGCCAAGUUUGAGCUGGUGACGUCCGAGGCAUCCUACAUACGCAGCCUGUCCAUUGCGGUGGAUCACUUCAUGUGCUCGCGGGAGCUGGCUGACUGCCUGGGAGCCCAGGAACGCCAGUGGCUCUUCUCCAAACUGCCCAAUGUCAAGGCUGUCAGCGAGAGCUUUCUUCAGGACCUGGAGGUGCGGCUGGAGGAGGAUAUCCUGCGUUUCGAUGUGUGUGACAUCGUGCUGGCUCACUGCCCUGCCUUCCGCAGAGUCUACCUGCCAUACGUGACCAACCAGGCAUACCAGGAACAGACCUACCAGAGGCUGCUGCAGGAGAAUCCCCGUUUCCCAGGGAUCCUCGCCCGGCUUGAGGAAGACCAAGUCUGCCAGCGGCUCCCUCUCACCUCCUUCCUCAUCCUGCCCUUCCAGAGGAUCACACGACUCAAGAUGCUGGUCGAGAAUAUCUUAAAGAGGACAGCCCCAGGAUCUCGGGAUGAAGACACAGCCACCAAGGCAUUUAAUGAACUGAAAAGGCUUAUCAAGGAGUGUAACUCCAGCGUUCAGUCCAUGAAGAGGACCGAGGAGCUCAUUCACCUCAACAAGAAAAUCCAUUUUGAAGGCAAGAUUUUCCCGCUCAUCUCACAGUCCCGCUGGCUGGUGAAACACGGUGAGCUGGUGGAGGUGGACACACAGACCAUAAGCAUGUCUGGGUCAAAGUUCAAGCUGCGCCCUGUCUACCUGCAUCUCUUCAAUGACUGUCUGCUGCUGUCCCGGAAGAAGGAGACCGGAAAAUUUGCGGUGUUUGUGCAUGCCAAGAUCGGGGAGCUGAAAGUGAAGGAUUUGAAAGUGAAGCUGCAUGGGAUCUCUGGGUUCAUCUUCCACUUGCAGCUCUGGGAGGAAAGACGGGUCAAGCACCAGAUCCUGCUCAAAGCAGACACGGAGAGUGAGAAGCAGCGGUGGAUUGCAGCUGUGUUCCCCUCGGACCCUGUGAUGAGCAAGGGCCAGAUCAGUGAGAAUGAAGACUUAGCCCAGGUGCAGUGCAUUAAGAGCUACAAAGCCCAGGAGCAUGACGAGCUGACACUGGAGAAGGCAGACAUCCUUCAGGCCAAAACCAGGACCAGUGAUGGUUGGAUCGAGGGGAUCAGGCUUUCGGAUGGGGAGCGGGGCUGGUUCCCCAGGAACUACGUGGAGGAGAUCACAAGCCGUAGUGCUCGGCUUCGCAACUUGAGAGAAAACAACCGCAUCAAGUGUGCCACGCAGAAACUGGAGGAGGAGUACUUGUAGCUCUGCACUACUAGCCACAGCCUGCAGGGGGCGGGGGGCACUGCACACACCAGUAGCCAGGAACUCUCAGCCCUCAGUGGAUUUCCCUGUCAUUUGUGGAGUGGCGUGUUUACUGCUGGAGUUAACAAUCAAGUGAUUUACAACACUUCAGCUGGUGAUUGAUUUUUAUUAGGUGUCCUCAAUGAUUUAUUUCUGCAGUCUCCUUGGGUUCUUUUAAAGGACAGAAACUCGGAACCUUUUCCCACAAGUCAUUCCCUACACCCGGCAUGACCGCUUCUCAAUUUGUUUUAAAUGCCUUAUUUAUUUUUUCAUUCCUCAAUAAGGAACGGUUCCUGUACUCUCCAGUUUUUUAUUGUUACGAAGACGUAUGUGAUUAUUGAAUCCUGACAGAAGGCAUGCCGCUUUGAAGAAUUAAACACAGACGCAAGAAACCUAAUCAUUAUGAUCAUUAUUAUUAUUAUUAUCAUCGUUAAUGCAUGGUGCAAUAUUCAGACUGAUUAGUUGGAGAUCCAAUAUGUAUCGUUAUUGCCACAGAAGCUAGGCUUGAUUUUUCUUUUACCGUUUCUUCAGGUCCUAGUGGCUACAGCGUUCCACAAUCAUGUUCAGUUUGACACUGAUACCUCCUUUCCAGGGCACAACCGAGCCAUUUCUUUCUUCAAAUAUCACUGAAUAAGACCGAAAUGCAACGAAGGGCUGAUUACACAAAGGUGAUAAUAAUGAUUUCAGAGAGAGCUCUAAUUUGGAUCUGAAGAGCAAGAUACUUGGCCUUAGAAGCCGCAACUCAAUGACAAAAAUCAUUAACCUCGCCCAUGACCUUGCUCAGCUCCAAGCCAGAUUCAGAUGUGUUGUAGAGCCAGAGUUUCAUAGUUUGGCUCUCACUUUGCUCGACAAACAGCCAGUGGAAUACCACCCCCUACUGUGAGGGCCUCGGAUGUGCCAGUGGAAAAGGGGUAUGAAAUAUUAUUCCUUGGUAUCUGUGUACUAAAUUAUCCUAUAGUUUAGUCUUCGGGUGCGCUCCACUUUAUCAGAAAGCAGACAUUGUUGAUAUACCAAUAGUUUACUUACUCCAGAGGUAAGAUUCCUCUGUGAGCCAAACAUGUACUGUACUGCAUUCUGUGAGACAAACGUGUGCUGCUAAUGCAGAAGCAUUAUAAUGGCAAGAUCAGUUCCUUUAAAUAAACACCAAUGUCAUGUUGUGUAAUGGUUUUGCAUGGAACCAAAUAGAAUAAAAAGUAACAGAGUCAAGCAUUGAAUGACCUGAUCUGCAAAAUAAAACCAUUAUUGGACCAAAUGGAACCACUCAGUAGAGGUUUUCCCUAACCUGUGUUCGCUUGGGAGGCUGCAAUAGAAUAGUAUGCACAAUCAUAUCUUUUGAACGAACAUGUCCUGUUCAGCCCGUUAUGAUUGGAUCUGCUUUUGGGUUAGCAUAAAAAUAAAUCUUAAGAAAAGCAUGUUGUGUUGUCUGAUUACUUAGUAUUUAAUGACAUCAUUUGAGGCUUUUGUCUGAAUUGCACCUGCAGGACAUCACCCUCCCCAUCUUGACAUUGUACAUACAGAAAAGUCAAAAACACCUGAAAAAAAAAAAAACCCUGAUUUAAAAAAACUUAAUUGAAUUUAUGUAUUAAUUUAUUUAGUUAUUAUCGCAAAUCCGUUACACCUUCACCCCCUCAACACAAGAAAACAAAAAUAAAAAUAAGUUUUUUUGGUUAACAUCUCGCAUUUUAUUUUUUGCUUGCCAAUCAUAUUUAAUAUCACUUUUUUUUUUGAUUGAAUAGAGCCUUCUGAUAUAAUACUGCCAUUAAUUUGUUCCUCCUACUCUCAUGUUCAUGAAAAUGUGUGCAUUGCAGUGGGUCUGACAUCAAGUCAAAGAACGG